CCGUCGUCCUCGAAACAACACACAGAAACACUUUCUUUUUUCCAUGCCUUCCGUCUCAUUCACCCGCCCAUCCAUCUCCAUCCAGCUCCGACCCUUCAUUUUUUUUUCUCUUCCUCCGUUCAGACUUCAUCACCUAUCCAUUUCGCACUCUCAAUUCGGGUCGAUCUUGAUCGUCUCAUUCAAACGACAGAAACAUUUUUCUACCACACCUUCCUCGCCUUCAUACUGGUCUAUCAAACCAUCCCCACCGUUGAAUCAAAUACUCGAGGCGUGCAGAGUUGAGGAAGACAACAUUCGAUCUCAGAAACAUCACCUGUCAAAACCAGGUCAGAUCACUAAUCUUGAUUGCACUGAACUGCCAAGUAUGCAGAUCACCAAGCGCUAUUUCUAUGAACUGCCAAGUAUCACCAAUCUUCUUCAAAUAGUUUCAAGUUUAUUAAAUAAUUAAUGAGUGAGUUAUGUGAUCAUCCUGGAGGUAAUAUGUUCUCUUUAGUUCUGCUUUGUUUUUUCAAGUGUGUACUCUCUUCAGCAUCUGUUUCUAACUGGCAGCCAUCGAAACUCGGGAGAACAUAUCUAACCUUCCCAAUGGCAAUGACCAACGAUGUCGAGCAGCACAUAUCUCUCCCUUCACUUAUUCAACUCCAUGUAUCCUUCUAUUUGCAUAAUUCGUCCAGAGCACGUUUCAGCAAUUCCUUCAACCGAUGUCCGGCGAUAUCUUCUAUAUUCAUCCAGGUUUGUUUUAUUUUCUUCACCAAUGCCCACACAUAAAGCACCCUGUUUGCUUUAUACUGCAGGUAAUUUUUUAACUUGAAAUGUGUUUCCCCUGUUUGCUACAUCAGUAACACAACAAGUGAAAGCGGAUUCGAAAAUAAUUUGAGCAAAAUCCAGUGCAUCUAUAUGGGAAACUUGAGCAUUUUCAUUGGCCCUUGUCCUGAAUUGUUGUUAGUCAUAAUGUUUGUUUAAGAUGCAUAGAUCGAUUCUUUUCAUUUUUUUCAAUGACAUCCAAGUUUAAUAGUUAAACUUACAGUUUGAUAUUGGGCGUAGUUUGAUUAUUUUUUUUUUUAACAACAAAAAAUCAAAUUUUAUUAACAAAAGGAUGCGCAUCCGGGGAAUCUAACAUAUUAUUAUGUACUGAAAAUUUGUAGCCUUUCAGAUUUAUAAACAAAAUAACAAAAUUCUUGAAAGGUAUCUCAGCCGAUUUCCAAAACUUUAACAUAAACUCAGUGAAUAGUUUACUCAUCGCUUUGAGUGCAUGUCAAAGGCGACAAUCUGCAAACAAUUUGGAUAGGCUAGAGCUAUGCUUUCUAGUUCUACUUGUGAGGAACCUCCUUGCACAAGCACAGACGGUAUACUUUUCCUGCCCAAACAUAUCAAAUAUAUAGAGAGAUUUGUCAACCACUAUGAAGGAGAUAUUCGCAAAACCAUCAUGCUACUUCAGUUCCAGCGUGAAGGCCAAACCUUUCAGAAAGGUAAUUCUUAAAAGGCUGGCCCUGAUCUUUUGAGUAAUAAUCGCCACUUUCUUGAUUAGUAUUUUACUGAUCUUUUGAUAACCAUUGAAUGUGAGCUGCUACAGAGUGGACAGCUCAUAUGCUUAGCAUCAUCUAGCCAUGAAUUUAGUGAGGUCAUUUGAAGUUUUGCAUUGAAGGUGAAGAUUGACUGGGAUUUGCAAGAGAAAUACAUCAUGCAUUUUGAUACAUUAUACUAUUCUAUACUACUGAGUAUGCUUAUGAUGAAAGAAAUUUAGUGAUAAGAUUAUUCAGAUAUAGGUAUUAGCACAUUUUAAGGGUCAAACUAAGUUUACUAACCAUAUCAUCACUAUUUAAUAAGUAAAGUCAGAAAGGUUCUAUUAUAAAGCUAUAGACAUGUAUGUUUACACUUCAACACAUCUUACUGUAUUAGUUUUCCAAUAUCAAUAAAAAGCUUCACUUUUAGUUUUUAAAAUAAUACCAAAAGGAAGAAUAUGAUACACACUCUAUUCUUAAUCAUCAUCCUAGGCACAUGUUUUUUGGUGCUUGACCUGAAGCGGUCCAAAGGGUUCGGAUUUUUUGAAAUAGGACCGGAAACACCGCUUCCAGCUUUGGUUUUUAUAAAUGUAAAAACAAGCUAACAAUUUGGAAAAAUGAGCUGAAGUUGAAUUGAUCUCGAACUGUGCCCAUUUAAGGGUAUGUUUGGUAGCCUAUAUUUUUGGCUUAGCAUUCUUAUUAGCCAAGUUAUUAACUAAACACUGAACUUCUGAUUUAUUUUUGUAAUAAUCAGAUUUUGUAAUAAUCAAAAGAAGUAAAACUGAAAUUACUUUUCCGGCUCUAUUGAGUAAUAUUGCUCAGAUGACUAUUAUUAUUUUUAAUUUUAUUUUUUUAAUAUAACCUUUUCUUUAGUUGAUUAAUAAAUAUAUUUUCAGUAUUAUUUUUCCAUAAUUAUGUCAAUUGAGCCAUUUUAGUCAAUGUUUUAGCACAUAUAGUCAAUUCAGCCAAUUAAACAAACGCAAAAUUACAGCAAUUGAUUGUAGUGUAGCAUAUAAUACGUGCUCACUAUUUCAAAUUUGUCUGUUACGUUGAACAACUUUAGGGGAUACAAACCCAGUGAUAUUCCUGAUCUACACACAUGUACUAAAAUAAGCUACAAAGAUAGACAUUGAGAGCAUCCAUGAAACUAUUAAAGGGUCCAUCAAGAGGUUUUUGGAACAAUCUGUAUACGGGUCCAUCUAAUAUUAAACUUAUAAACUCUAUUUCUACUAAUGCCAAUACUAAGAAACUUAAAAUAAGAUUACAUUUAAAACUGAAAAAUUAAACACCAACAAUGGCAUUGCUACAUACUUUCAUAGAGAAAAACAAAAGAGCACUUAAGCAAAGAAAACAACUUGGAAACAUUAGGUGUAAUACGGAAUAUCUUCCCUUUUUUCUUUUCUUUUUGAUUUGUCUUUGAUUGUUUGCUUAAUUUGAUUUAGUUCCUCGUCAGUGUUUCUUUAUUCCAAGAUCCCUUUGUUCAUUUUUAUUAACAAGAUUAUCUGAAUUUCCAAUAUAGUAAGCAAACUUUCAGUUUCCUUAUGUCUUAUCCCAUUCAUAAGUGGGCAUCUUGCUCGCUGGUAUUGAUAUUAGUUCUGCCUCUGCUAAUAUGACAUCAGGUCAGCCUCUACUUAUUGCUAUCAUUACAUCACCAUAUGCUUUGAGUUUUGUUCUUCAUGCAGGUAUGCCAGGUAAAAUAUUUUGGUUAGCCUGUUUAUUGGUAUUAUUAGAUCAUCAUGACAUUGAUGAUAUUAAAUGGAUCUCAGGGGUUAGGGGUUGAGCAUAUAAAGCAAGUAAGUUCUAAGUUAUUUGAGCGUAUUCAACAUGGAGUUAUUAUACUUUGAGAAAGUUAUUAACCUGCUUCAUAGAAUAGGUUAGAUCAUUCAAAUUAAAAUGCAAGUUAUUUUGAGCAUAACACAUAACUUGUGAGUUAUCUUUUGAAAAAAAUAACUUGCAUGAAAUUAACAGCUCAUGCCACUUAUAAAUUUUGAUGAGAUAAUUUCUUUGGGAGCGUUUUGUAUUUCGUUUCGGAGAUCUUUGUCAUACUUUAUAUUUAUGGCAUUUUAAUUUAUUGGGAGAUUAAGUUGUUCUUACUCCUAUUACUUGGAUAAUUGCAGCUAAAUAACUGGAGUAGUUUGGCAGGUCAAAUAUUUGGUAUUGAUUUGAUAGGAUAUUCAGUUGAUAGCAUUUGUUAACAAUUUUUUGCUGCACAUGGAGUCGGAUGCACAAGAAUUGACAUUGUAUCGAUCAAAUUUCAGCUAAGGACUACACAAAAGCAUUCUACUACAUGGACCUACUGUUUUGUUUUGGUAGUGACAUUUUCUAUUGGUAGACCCGUAAUUUGCUCCUCAUUCAAGUCUUUAGUUUGAAGCGUUCCAUGUAGUUUGUAAUUUCUUUUACUUUCUAUAAUAUAUAGCUUAUCUCAUUAGAGCAUGUAUUAUUUUCCUUUUCAUCAAUAAAACUUCUUUCAUUCUUGAGCAUAAAAA